AUGUGGAGAUUGGUAACAUCACACAAGAGCAUCCCUAAUGCUCAUAGAAAUAAAGAUGAUCACGUUCGAGCACUCGAAUCAUACAAUCAAGCCGUGUUCCUCUUCAAACAAGCACACGAUGAGAAUAACCCGAGUAUGGCUAUGUUGUACAACAGCAUUGGUAUGAUCUACGACCAAGAGAAAACAUAUUUUGAAGACCUCAAAUUCUAUGGAAACUCACUUGCUAUUCAAGAGAAGAAUCUACCAGUAGAUUAUCCUGAUUUGGGUUCAUCGUACAACAAUAUUCGCAUGUUUGAAGACAGCGCAGCCAAUUUAUGA